AUGAGUGAUAUCACACCCAAUCAUUCUUUUUUCCAGGAUCAAAAGUUGCCUAACGAGUUGAUGAUGGAUAUAUUUUUCAAGGCCGACCUGAAAACUCUGAUGCAGUGUAGGGUUCUUAAUAAGUUCUGGAAUGAAAUGCUCUCACCCUAUAGUUUAAUGAAAGAGCUUACAUUUAAGAACAUGGAUAAAUAUACAAGUGUGUUUAUCCAUAUUGAGCUUUCAUCAUGGGAAAAUUCAACAAUGAAUAUGACAAGCAUUGAUCCUAUUGACGGUGCCGUCAGGUCAUGCGAGCUACCAUUCACCGUAUCUAAUCUUGGUUGGUGGAAUGUCAUUGGUUCAGACUAUGGCAAUAUUUGUAUAAGAUACACUAUCGGUGGCUUUUUGUCUGAGUUGAUUGUGUGGAAUCUUUUGAUGAAAUGUGUCAGGUUUCUUUCUGAUCCUGCUUCUAAACAAUGUUGUCAAGCUAUUUUUGGUUAUGCAUUUGGGUAUAUUCGAAAUACUGAUAAUUAUUUCGUUGUUUAUGUUUCAAAGCGGCAUUUUAAUGAUAAGUUUUUGCAAUACCAUGUGUUCAACUCAUCACAAGGCUCUUGGAUUAAUGGUACAAGCAAGAACUUAAGGCUACAUAGGUUAGGAUAUCACAGUGUUGUCUAUCAAGCAAAGGCAUUUUGGAUUAAUUGGGUGGAAAGUACACAAUAUUCUGUUGCUAAUUGUGUUGUCAUGUUCGAUAUAUAUCUUUGCGAGUUUAAGAAAAUAAAGAUUCCAAGAAAAGCAAUUAAAGACUUUCAAUAUCUUAUUGUUUAUGAGGAUAUUCUUUGCUUUGUAUCUCAUGAGAGUAGACCAGAUGGAAAUCAGGUCAACUUUUGGAAGGUAGAUAUCGAAGAUGGUGGCUUUUUACAUUGGAAGCGUAUAACAGGGAUAACUAAUGUUGGUAUUAUUACUAAUCCUAGCCUAAAGGUUGGUGCUGAAUUCCUAAUGUUUAAUGAAGAUGACAGAAGCAAUGAUAAUGAUAAUAUUGCAGCAUCUCAUGGAUUUUCUAUCUCUAAGCUCAAUAUGCAUACUAGAGGUAGCGAAACUUUUGUAUAUAAAACACGGAUACAAGAUAUGAUGUUUAAGUCUGUUACUAAGGUUCUUUAA